AUGAGGCUCUUCCUGUCGCUCCCCGUCCUGGUGGUGGCCUUGUGCAUGGCUUUGGAAGGCCCGGCCCCCGCCCAGGCCUCCCCGGACCUGUCCAGCGCGUUGGAGAGCUUCUCCGGGAAGCUGAAGGAGUUCGGGAACACCCUGGAGGACAAGACGCGGACAGCCAUUGACCGCAUCAAACAAACCGAAGUCUACACCAAGACCCGGUCAGGACCCGCCCCGGGGGACCGAGGGCUGGAGCGGAUGGGGGAAGCCCUGGGAGACAGUCCGAAGUGA